AUGUCAUUUGUCAAUUCACUCAUUAAUUCCGGUAAAAACAUGUGUAAGUAAAUAUUAAAAAUAAUUAUAAAUAUGAAAACAAAAAAGUGAAAUGAACUACCACGCGUGACACCAGACAGGGGUUUACGCAAUGUACGAUUUUUGUUGCAGCAAUUUAUUAAUUUGUUAUGAUCCAAAAUACUUAGAACAAAGAUCUGAUAGCUCCAAAAUUGACAGAAAAUCCGAUAUGUACAUAUCAAAAUGGAAAAAGCGAGAAUUUCUAGUCACGGAUAAACAUCACAAAGAAGCGGCGACGCAUAAAAAUUGGAAGUUUUCAAAAGAGGACAGUUUAAAUUGUAAAAUGAAAAUGAAUAAAGCGAUCAACGGCUUGUCUAGUGUUACGAGCAAAACUCAAACUUACAUCCCAGACACGAGCGUUGAGAAACUUUUGAACUGUUUUAAUUACGAAAUAGAUCCCAGAGCGGAUUAUCACAUCAGUAAUGUUCACAAAGGUAGCAGCACUAUGGUACAAAAAAGUUCAAAUUUUUUAAAAAGAUCUCAAAUUUUUCCAUGUUUGUCAAGUAUUUUACAAAAUCAUAAAAAAUGCUGUCGAACUAACGUAAAAAAUUUAUCAGUAGAAGCAUAUAGGGAGCCUUAUUGUGCGCGUUGCGAAAAAAGAAGGAUGAAAUGCAUAAGUAAGAAACGAUACAAAUGUGCGAUGCGAGCUCCUUAUUACGUAGACGAAGAUGUCAAGAGACCGGAUUCCUGUCGAUCGGACAGACAUCGGCAUUCAGUGUAUUACAAUCCUAAAUUAAUAAAAAAUCCAUUUUCAAGAAGCAGUGCCAGUAGCCACACUUCAUGUGAUUCAGAGUAUGAGAAUAUUUCUCGAUAUUGUUACAAGAAGAGAAUGCAAAAAUAUAUUUUAAAGGAACGUGAAAGGAAUAAAAAAAUGAAUAGAAAAUAUUUCGGUAACAAGAAACAACAGUGUUAUUCUAAAGUUGAACGAUUGUUACCAUAUCAAGUAAUCGCUACCCCGUUUUGGGAAGAAGAGAAAAGUUAUGAUUCAAAUUCAACUCGUUGCAGUGCUCUACCGUCGACAUCUUCCGGCUUUUGGGAAUAUCUUACAGACAAAAUUACUAGAAAGACCAAAGACGGUGAUCGUACUAAAAGUUGUAAAUGUGGACAAUCUACAUCAUUCAUUUCGAGUGUAACUGGGGAUCCGGAAUGUUUGAAAGUAGCUGAGAAAAUGAGUGAAACGGAGAAAAGGGUCAAUGCGAUAUUAACAAGUCCGGCAGAUAACAUGGAAGAAUCAUCGAAAGAUGCACGUUCUAAAAACUGUACAUGUGAUUGUAAAAAAAAUAAAACAGAAACCUCCACCGUACCACCGACUAAAGAUGUACAAACAUGCUCGCGUAUCAAUACACCUUGCAACAAAUGCAAUAACGAAAAGAAUAAAAAUGACAAACGUUCAAAAGAUUCUGACGAUCCUAAAGCAAAUAAAGGAGAUCAAAACUCGGAGCCAUGUCGAGCGCCGCACGAUGAGGUUGUUUCAAAACUAAAACAGAAAUACAACGGUGAAGUAUUAUGCAUUCAUAAUCCUCCAUGCAUUCUAAUUAACGGUUGCCUCAAUUUGCCUACAGCGAACGCAAAUCAGAAGCCUCCAGUGGCUGUAUGGCCAGUGAGUCAAAUGAAGAAAAACAGUAGUUACAAUUUCUGUAAAAGAAUUUGGACUCCAAAGGAUAAAGCGGGUGAACAAUAUGAAAUUUACAGUGUACCCUAUGUUUCGUCGAGUGAACGUCAAAUACCAUUGACUAAGAAAGGAAACAAUAAUUUUAAUCAGAAACCUAUUUGUGAAUUAGUAAAACUGUCUUGUAAACCCAAAUACGGUGUCACAGCGGUCAAUCCUCGUGUCCAUGUGGCGAUGCUUAGGAAACAGCCAAAAUGUUUAGACCCGUCAGAUAAGAAACAGAAAUCUAAAUAUUCGCAAGCCGCUAACUCACCGAAAAAAAUAAUACUGCAUCGUGCCAAGAACAAAGUUACAGGAUUCUUACAAUCAAAAACAGAAGUGUUGUAUCCUGUUGACCACGAUGAAAAGAAACCAGGUGCUGUACCUGUGUACCACAAGAACAGAUUGCUGAGGAUGAUCCAAGUCAAGCGAUCUGCCACCAAGUGAGCGCCGCUAGCGGCGAACGCGCGCACCAA